AUGCGUCUGUCAUUAAAUCGAUUGGGUAUGGUUUGGGGUAGAAUUGGUCAACAACGUGGCAAAGUUGAAUAUACCCUUUCACCAUAUGAACAAAAUCCAUAUGCUGGUCUACUUGGUGAUGUUUCAUAUCGAUAUUAUUCACGACUUUUCAAAACUCUUUUGACGUUCUGGGUACCAAAUAUUUUGCUUGGCUAUUCAAUCUAUUCUUGGGCCAAUUGGGAACACGAUCGAUGCGCACGAAAAUUACCCAGUCAAUUUGCCGAUGAAAAGCCCCCUGAAGAAGAAGCUGGCAAUGAACAGAAAUAG